GGGUGGCUGGGCGGCUGGGCGGGGCGCACUCAGGCCUGGGCUCCUCACGCGCGGCGAAAGCGGCCCAGACCCCGCGCUGCGGGAAGCCGGGGCGGUGUGUGGCGCGUCGCUUGAGAGGCGAGGCAGCCGCGGAAGGAGGAGCGGCGGGCACUAAGGUUUCUCUGUCAUUCACAGAAAAAUGGAUCACUUAAGACUUUGGGAUACUCAGUUAUCACAAUACUCCUGUAACACCAACUAAGAUUUAUAUGACAGUUUAUGGCAAUAAAUUUUCAUAAUAUAGAACCACUGAAGAAUUAAAAGAAGAUAUUCCUUCAUAAAAUAAUACUAUAGUAUCAAGUUACCAAAUAAAACUAAAAUGUAUAAUAUUUAAAUUAUUAGACUUGCUAAUAUAAGCAUACAUGUGCAGCAGCUACUGUAUACUGAUAGUUACCAAACCUCAAAUUUAAAGAUUUCCCUUCAUGGAAAAGUUGGUAUAUUUUGCAAGACGCCACUGAACAUUAUCAUUAAAUUUUUUCAGCAAAGUAUUAUUUCAGGAAUAAUUUCUUAAAACAGAGUGUAUAAAGUUCCACAUCCUACCACUAAGUGAAUUUGAUAUUAUGGCAGCAACUUACAGACUUGUAGUUAGCACCGUGAACCAUUACAGCAGUGUGCUGAUAGACCGGCGUUUUGAGCGAGCCAUACAUUAUUGCACUGGAACCUGCCACACCUUCACACAUGGCGUAGACUGCAUUGUGGUGCAUCAUAGUGUUUGUGCAGACCUCUUGCAUAUCCCUGUGUCUCAGUUCAAAGAUGUGGAUCUGAACUCUGUGUUUUUGCCCCAUGACAAUGGGCUUUCCUCAGCUGAAGACUAUCACCAUCAGGCCCUCACAGGCAUACCCAGGGCCAAGAGAGCAUCUACGUUUCAGAAUACCUGUAACUUAAAGGACAUUGCUGGAGAAGCAAUCAGCUUUGCCAGUGGGAAAAUAAAAGAAUUUUCUCUUGAAAGACUCAGAAACUCAAACCAUGCAGCUUAUAAAAAAGGAAGGAAAGUUAAAUCUGACUCAUUUAAUAGGAGGUCAGUUGAUUUUGACUUACUCUGUGGCCAUUAUAAUAAUGAUGGUACCUCUCCAUCCUUUGGCUUACUCCGGAGUUCCUCAGUUGAGGAAAAAUCUUUAUCUCAAAGAAAUUCGUUUGAUACAAACCUGACUUCCAUGCUUCUUCAGAACUUUUCUGAAGAAGACCUAGUUACUCAGAUUUUGGAAAAACAUAAAAUAGAUCAUUUUUCUUCUGGGACAGACAUAAAAAUGUGCUUGGACAUCUUACUGAAAUGCUCUGAAGAUUUGAAAAAAUGUACAGACAUCAUAAAACAAUGUAUAAAGAAAAAGUCGGGAAAUAGUAUCAAUGAAGGAAGUAGCAAUGAUGCAAUUUCUAACUCUGAAACUGUCUAUAUGAAUGUAAUGACAAGGCUAGCAUGCUACCUAAGAAAGUUACCAUUCGAAUUUAUGCAGUCUGGGAAUAAUGAAGCUGUAGAUUUAACGGAACUUGUCAGCAGUAUACCUAACUUACAAUUGACUCCAUUCUCCCCAAUAUAUGGGACUGAACAGCCCCCUAAAUAUGAGGAUGUUGUCCACCUCUCAGCCCUUGACUCCAGACAGUUUCAUACUGUUGAAUUGCAAGAUAACAAGCAUAAUUUUAAACAAACAGACAUUGAAAAAGCCACUCCAAACAACACAAAUUCCUUGUGUAGCUUGGAAGUAAACACUUCUGGAACUCUAAAACCUGUGCAAGUUCAAUCAUCAUCAUUAACCAUGAAUCCUUUAGAGAAUGUCUCUUCUAGUAAUUUAAUGGAAACUCUUUAUAUUGAAGAAGAAUCAGAUGGAAAGAAGUCAUUAUUAGGAAAAGAACAGAAAACAGAGAAUGGACAAGGUCAGAGUCCGCUAAAGGUAAAUGAACAUAAAGAAUUUUCAGACCAUGAUACUCAUCUUAAGAAACGUCCUACUUCAGUGCAAAAUGAAAUUGGUAAGGUAUUUGAAAAGCCAACGAUGGUUCAUCCACCUAAGGAAGAAUCUAAAUUAGAAGUUCCUACCAUAGAACUAAAAGACCAGAGACACUUUAUGAACCCUAAUAGUCAAGAAGAGAUAGACAAACUGUUAAUGGAUUUGGAAUCAUUUUCACAGAAGAUGGAAACCUCUCUUGGAGAACCACUUGCCAAGGGUGAAAGCGUUAGUUCAUUAAAUAGUCAUAGUCGUUUGACAGGUCAGAUCCAUGAAGAUCUUGAGUCUAAACCUAUAGACUCUUCACCUGCAGAAAAGGUCUCACCUUCCUGUCUAACAAGGAUUAUUGAAAACAAUGGACACAAAAUUGAGGAAGAAGACCGAGCCCUCUUACUUCGAAUUCUGGAAAGCAUUGAAGACUUUGCUCAAGAACUAGUUGAUUGCAAGUCAGGCAGAGGGAGCCUAUCACAAGAAAAGGAAAUGAUGCAGAUUCUACAGGAAACCUUGACAACUUCCUCCCAGGCCAGUCCAUCAGUCUGUAGGAGCUCUGUUGGUGAGAAAACCAAAGAUAAUGCUUCGGUUGUUCUGAUUCAGCAGACGCCAGAGGUGAUCAAGAUUCAAAAUAAACCAGAAAAGAAGCCUGCAUCACCACUUCCAUCUGCAGCUGCCCUUCCAAGUAGUCCCCAGCCUGCCUCCCCUGCUCCUCGUGUGAAUGAUGCUGUGACUGCACCGUUGUCCAUAAACAUUCCACAGUUCUACUUCCCUGAUGGACUCCCAGACACCUGCAGUAACUAUGAACAGAUCCUAAGCAGAGUUGAAACUGCUUUCAUGGAUAUUGAAGAUCAGAAAGCAGAUAUUUAUGAAAUGGGAAAAAUUGCAAAGGUCUGUGGCUGUCCACUCUAUUGGAAAGCCCCCAUGUUCAGGGCUGCAGGAGGAGAGAAGACUGGAUUUGUGACAGCACAGUCAUUCAUUGCCAUGUGGAAAAAGUUGCUAAAUAACCAUCAUGAUGAUGCCUCUAAGUUCAUCUGGCUCCUAGCAAAACCCAGCUGCAGCUAUCUGGAACAGGAGGAUUUUAUCCCUUUACUUCAGGAUGUGGUAGAUACACACCCUGGCCUCACCUUCCUGAAAGAUGCUCCGGAAUUCCAUUCCCGCUAUAUCACCACGGUUGUUCAGAGGAUAUUCUACACAGUCAACAGAUCUUGGAGUGGAAAAAUUACUUCAACAGAGAUAAGGAAAAGCAACUUUUUACAAACCCUGGCCCUUUUGGAGGAAGAAGAAGAUAUAAACCAAAUCACAGAUUACUUCUCUUAUGAACAUUUCUAUGUCAUUUAUUGUAAAUUCUGGGAACUAGAUGGUGAUCAUGACCUGUACAUCAGCCAGGCUGAUCUAUCUCGAUACAAUGACCAGGCUUCAUCAAGUAGAAUUAUUGAAAGAAUAUUUUCGGGAGCAGUAACAAGAGGAAAGACAGUACAAAAAGAGGGAAGGAUGAGCUAUGCAGAUUUUGUUUGGUUUUUGAUUUCUGAGGAAGACAAACGGAACCCUACCAGCAUUGAGUAUUGGUUCCGCUGCAUGGAUGUGGAUGGAGACGGUAUACUUUCCAUGUAUGAGCUGGAGUACUUCUACGAAGAGCAGUGCGAACGAAUGGAAGCCAUGGGCAUUGAGCCUUUGCCAUUCCAUGAUCUGUUGUGCCAGAUGCUUGACUUGGUGAAGCCAGCUAGUGAUGGCAAAAUAACUCUACGAGACCUGAAGAGGUGCAGAAUGGCUCAUAUCUUCUAUGACACUUUCUUUAACCUGGAGAAAUACUUGGACCAUGAACAAAGAGAUCCUUUUGCAGUCCAGAAGGAUGUUGAAAAUGAUGGCCCUGAGCCCUCCGACUGGGACAGAUUUGCAGCUGAGGAGUAUGAGGCUCUUGUCACAGAGGAGUCCGCCCAGGUGCAGCUCCAGGAAGGUUCCUUUGAAGAUUAUGAAGCAGAUGAACCGGUGUCUCCCUCUGAAUUUGGAAACAAGGGUAAUAAAAUAGUAACGUCAAGCCUUUCAGAGAAAUGUGGAAAGCUUCAGUCAGUGGAUGAAGAGUAGUUGCCAACAUCUACACAGGAGGAUGGUGUGUAGAGAUGUUCUAGUUUGCACACUGCUUUGUAAAGGCUUUGAUUGCUCCAAGUGCACUAGGAACUAAAAUGCUCUAAGUAAUUCAGCACAGGAGACCCCUCCAGUUUGUCGCAAACCUUGUGCAGAGCUCUUCCUUGGAAGUCCUUACUGUCAUCACUUUCCAAAGUCUGCAGUCUGCACUCUACACCCCUCAGUGUAUAGAGGCUCUCUUGGAAACAAGUCCAAGUUCUCUGCACAAAAAAGAAGCUGCCUCGGUGAUGGCCAGCUUCCCUGGGGUCCCUCAGGCUCCUACCGAACCUAGAAAACUUCACUUGCAGAAAACUUGAGUCACAAGUUCUGGAAGUUGGAAAAGGGCCUCUAAAAUUGACUUUGUCCAAGUAACAAAAGCACUGUCAAACAUCUCAGAGACUACUUAUGUGUACUGGAGUUCAGGGACCUUUAACUUACCUGGUUUAAUGUAAUUUCACCAUGACCUGCCAAACUGCUAGUCACUUUACAGUCUCAGGUAUUUUAACCACUAGGCCCUUCCAGCUCUGCUGGCAAGCUCAGCAGCCUCUGCAUCUGAGGGUCUUGUACAAAAUCUCAAGAAAACUCCUUAAAGUACAGGAUCUGGCACUUAAGAUAACAUCUGUAAUUAAUCUACAGAUUGGUUGAUGAUCCAUCUUCAUUUCUAGCAGGCCUACUUGAAGACUUAAGGAAUGUGACAUACCAUGGAAACUUCUCACUAUACGUAUUUCUUUCCCUUGAACACUAGAGUAAGCCAGAAGUGUGGAAAAGAAACUACUACACCAGAUAUUUCGUCCUCCUCAUUGUCACCAAACUUGGAAGAAAACAAUGAUUCUCACCUUUUUUACUUAAGUGGUAAAUCAAAUAUGCCACGGUGCAGCCAAAUCCUACAGUGCUUAUUGUUAUCCUACAUGCUGGGGGGGGAAAUACUAAAAGUAAGAUGGACAGCUCUAAAAUCACUGCAACUUUUUAUUAUCCAUGUCUGUCAAAGUCAUCAACUUUCCCUACCCCUUUUUUUUGUUUUGAAAGUUGUUUAAAGAAUCAGAAUAACCUCCCUUUUCUCUCUAUGCUGGUAUAAAAGCCAAGCACUGAAAUAAUCAAACCUUGGAUGAUGGUAGGCUAAACGUGGAGGAAAAAAAUUAAGAAAUGUACAUCAACUAAACUAGAAGUUAGCAAGCCUAGCAAUCCUGCCUGUCACAAGAUCCUCCAUAUCUCUGGUUAUUUUUACCUUCAUGACCACAACUAAUCUCCCAGAUGACCACUACAGAAACUGGUAACUAUUGAAACUAAUAGCUCACCCAGAUAAUUAAAGCCCAACAGUGACUAAAUUUGGGGGAAAAAAAUUUUUUUUGAAGUGUGGUGGCACAUGCCUAAAACCUCAUGAUAUUUUGGUAGUUAAGGCAGGAGAGAGAAUGCACUAUGUACAAUAGCCUAAACACACUGAUAAAUUUUGUUUACUAUAAUGCUAACACUCAGAGGAGACUGAGGCAAGGAGGAUUGACAGCUCAAAGUUUGAGGCCAUCCUAGGCUACAGUGAAAUCCUGUCUUAUAAAGUUAUGUGAUUUUAUCGCCAGUCCCAUUCAAUCUUUAGCAGGAAAGGAAAACAACUAUUUUUAAUUUCAGAUAAAAAUGAUAAUGCUUGUGUUUUUUAAGGCAAUGUAAAGGAUUUUGUUAGCUAUAUGUUCUAAACUAUUUGAGACUCACCAAAAAGCACAAUAUAAAAUUCAAUUUUAUAAUAUCCCUUAACAGCUGUGAGCAUAGGGCUGAGCUAGCUCUCACUAGCUGCACUGAAAUGUAACUUGUACUUAUCUGUGAUGCUGGGAAUCAAAACCUAGAACUACCACAUGCUAAGAAGACACUCUGCCUUCAGCCUCCUACCUUCUUUCUCCCUUACUGCAACUCUUCUUUCUACUUCCACCAGAGCCAUCAACACCACACAAUUCAAGACGCAUUAUUUAAUAUGGGUUACUUACAUGAAUUAUACUUUCAGGAAUUACCUUAUUACCAAACUGGAAGUAUCAAGUUGUGAGAAAACCCGAGACCUUGGAAGAGAUAAAUUAUCAUCCAAAUCACUGGUUCUCAACCUUCCUAUUGCUGCGACUUUCCCUUAUGUUGUGGUGACCCCCAACCAUAAAGUUAUUUUUGUUGCUUCUUCACAACUGUAAUUUUUCUAUUAUGAAUCAUAAUAUAAAUAUCUGAUAUGUAGGAUACCUGAUAUGUGACCCUCCCCAAGGGGUUGUGACCCACAGAUUAAUAAAAGGAGGGUGGUUUCAUAGCAUAAUUACCAAGAUAAUAAAACUAAUAAAAUUCUGUAUAGUUCCCUGUAUCUUGUUACUAUAUUGUUCAAAAUGUUAAAGAAAAAAAUACCAAAAUUCUAAUUCAGCUAUUAUUUGCUCAGCUUUGAAAGUGUUUGACUAGAGAUGGUGCAUGACUUGUUUUCCCCUUUUCACCAAACAAAAUAAAUCUGUCAAAUGUA